AAGGCCCAGCCCCUGCAGAUUCGACCCAGCUGAGGGUGGGAUUGUAGGGGUGUCCUCCUCGGAAGUUCCGAAUACCCCCUUUUCGUCCCCUCUCAGGCUGCCCAGUGCCCUGACCCGCCCACCGUGAAUGGCCACCGGGGCCGGGGAGGUGCCUGCCUGGUACCUAACAAUACUCAGAAGCUUGCUGGGCCCCGGAAAAAGUUGGGCGUUGUUGGUAGAAUCUGGUGAGAGGGCAAAAGGGCUGUGCUGCACUGGGCGAGUUGUGACUGAACAAGCAUGCAAGGAUGGAGAAGGGAAAAAGUGGUUUUGAACUAGUCUGAGGAGUCUUAGCUAAUUAGAUGUGUCUCUCAAGGCAUUGAGUAAAGGUGUUAGUAUAGCGCAAGUCAAGCCCAGCACCUGAAAAGGGCGGUAAAAGAGAAUAAAGCAUACUCAAAUAACAUUUAUAUAGUUGUGUUCUACUUUGCUUUACUGUUUUUGGUUCUGAGUGAACUUCAUCCAUAGAAUACUGGAAUUGCCCUGUAUUGUAGUAAAAUGGCCAGAAUAGGCAUAUAGCAUAGAAAGAGAGAGAUAGCAAUUCAAGAGUGUGAGAUUUAUUUAGGGACACAGAAAGUACAUAGCAGUUACAAAAUUAAAAGAUGGCGUCCCCUUGACUCUUCAUGAGUACCCAAUGGAGCUUUGAUAAUUGUGUUGAAGUUGUAUACAUGGCAUUUGGUGUCUUGAGGGAAGAGAGUAUACUCACUGAGAUAAGAAAGUAUGUAUCUAAGAGGACAUGAAAACAUGAAAGUUUGAGCCAGUUAUACUGAAAAUGAAAUACAGGACUGUAUUUGAGGGAAUGCUUUCUACUUAUCUGUAAGACCCUAGCUUGAGCCCCUCAUCCUCCUACUGACAAAAGAUCAAGCAAUUCAGAUUUUUUUCACUCCUUGGGUUUUGUCAUAAUUUCUCUGGGUUUGGGUAUAUGCAGGGGGACAGGUUAUUGUCUUGCCAUUGUUGUAGUCCUUGCCCCCAGCAGAAUAUGUAUGCACUCCAGAGCCUUUCUGUCAGGGAUGUGUUUGGCCCUCCAUCUUUUUCUCUUGCUAUUCACAGAUUAACCGUGCUGCUAAGUAGACACCUUCAUAGGAGCUGCUAAGAUGGGCAUGAGGAUCAAACUUCAAAGCACCAAUCACCCCAACAACCUGCUGAAGGAACUCAAUAAGUGUCGGCUCUCGGAGACCAUGUGCGAUGUCACCAUUGUGGUGGGGAGCCGUUCCUUCCCAGCACACAAGGCUGUGCUGGCCUGUGCAGCUGGCUACUUCCAGAACCUCUUUCUGAAUACUGGGCUUGAUGCUGCCAGGACCUAUGUGGUAGAUUUCAUCACCCCUGCCAACUUUGAGAAGAUUCUGAGCUUUGUCUACACAUCAGAGCUUUUCACAGACCUGAUCAACGUUGGGGUCAUCUAUGAGGUGGCUGAGCGCCUGGGCAUGGAGGACCUUCUUCAGGCCUGCCACUCAACCUUUCCUGACUUGGAAAGUGCCACAGUGGCCAAAUCUUUGGCCAGCACCAGUGAGAGCCAGUCUGGUACUCUGACUAGUCCUUCAGCAGAUCCUGCCCAUCCCCUUGGAGAACUCCGGGGUGGUGGGGAACAUUUUGGUCCUGAUAGAAACUAUGGAUUGCCAGCUGAUGCUGGAGGAAGCUAUAAGGAGGAAGAGAGAAAUGUUGCCAGUGACACUAAUCACAGCCUGCCCCUGCCACAGCCACCGUUGCCACCGAAGACAGAAGACCAUGAUGUCCCUGCUCCUUUCAUGUCUCUUACUAGUAUGGCAGCCCAGCCAGUCCUAGGCAGUGUCAGCACAGCCGUUCGGACAAGCACGAGCUCUUGUCAACCAUACAAAGUUCAGAGCAAUGGAGAUUUCAGUAAAAACAGCUUCUUCACUCCCGACAAUGCGAUUGACAUCACCACUGGGACCAAUUCCUGUCUGAGCAAUAGUGACCACUCCAGAGAUGCAGGGUUUGGGCAGAUGGAUGAGCUCCAGCUGGAGGACCUGGGGGACGAUGACUUGCAGUUUGAGGAUGCCACUGAGGAGAUUGGGACAGUGGAGGAAGUGAUUGAGCUAAGUGAUGACAGUGAGGACGAGCUAACCUUUGGAGAGAAUGACAACCGGGAGAAUAAGGCUAUGCUUUGCCAGGUGUGCAAGAAAGUUCUCGAGCCCAACAUUCAACUGAUACGACAGCAUGCUAGGGACCAUGUAGACCUGCUGACAGGCAACUGCAAGGUCUGUGAGACCCACUUCCAGGAUCGAAACUCUCGGGUGACUCAUGUCCUCUCCCACAUUGGCAUUUUCCUCUUUUCCUGUGACAUGUGUGAAACAAAGUUCUUUACCCAAUGGCAGCUAACACUUCACCGACGAGAUGGAAUAUUUGAGAACAACAUCAUCGUUCACCCCAAUGAACCCCUGCCUGGGAAGCUGAGUCUCUUUUCAGGGACAGCCUCCCCAGAGUUGAAAUGCUCUGCCUGUGGGAAAGCAUUGGCCAAAGAUUUCCAAGUGGUGCGAGGCCACAUCCUCGACCAUCUGAACUUGAAGGGCCAGGCCUGCAGCGUCUGUGACCAACGCCACCUCAACCUUUGCAGCCUCAUGUGGCACACACUCUCCCAUUUGGGCAUUUCUGUUUUCUCCUGCUCUGUCUGUGCCAGCAGCUUUGUAGAUUGGCACCUCCUGGAGAAGCACAUGGCUGUGCACCAAAGCCUGGAAGAUGCCCUCUUUCACUGCCACUUGUGCAGCCAGAGCUUCAGGUCAGAGGCUGCCUAUCGCUACCACGUCAGCCAGCACAAGUGCAACAGUGGCGUCGAGGUACGGCCUGGCUUGGGGAUGCAGCACCCAGCCCUCCAAAAGCGAAAGCUGCCAGCCGAGGAGUUUCUGAGUGAGGAGCUGGCUCUGCAGGGCCAACCUGGGAACAGCAAAUAUAGCUGCAAGGUCUGUGGCAAAAGGUUUGCCCACACAAGUGAGUUCAACUACCACCGGCGGAUCCACACGGGUGAGAAGCCGUACCAGUGUAAGGUGUGUCACAAGUUCUUCCGAGGCCGCUCGACCAUCAAGUGCCACCUCAAGACCCACUCAGGUGCACUCAUGUACCGCUGCACAGUCUGUGGCCACUACAGUUCUACCCUUAACCUCAUGAGCAAACAUGUCGGUGUGCACAAAGGCAGCCUCCCACCUGACUUCACCAUUGAGCAGACCUUCAUGUACAUUAUCCAUUCCAAAGAGGCUGAAAAGAACCCAGACAGCUGAUUGGGUCCCAGCAGAGCCGGGGGAGUUCGUGGGCGGCAGCCAGGACAGUGGUUUUCUGAUGGCUGUUGGUCUCUUCCCAGCUGAAGCUACAGCUUUGCCUUGCUAAGAAUUCUGUGUUGUGUUUUUAGAAGAGAGAAGAAGUACAUAGCACAUAAGCUGUUACUGUCUUUGAGAAUGCAAUGGCUCUGUUGCAUUUACCUCCAUACCUGUUCUGGCCCACGAAGGGCUAUAUUUUUUAUUCUUUUGAGGCUGGCUUUGGGGUCUAGUCAAGCAGUUGUGUCAGCUAGAUUCUCUUCCCCAGCUUCUCUAGUUUUAGUUUACCAAUAGGUUUUAUGCUGCUAAGAAUCCAAUCAACAGCUCACAGGAUAAAGGAGGUAAACAGAGGUUUUCACUGUGGGUGUUACUGCUAAACCUUCAACUGGGGCAACCAGCUAUGAGAAGGAUUUGGGGAAUGUGGUCAUUCAGAAAGGACUAGUCAGCAGGGCCACUCACCUCAGGUUCCAGUGUCAACCUUUAACUGGGAAAAGGGUCAGGGAUGGAGGUGUCUGGUUGCUCCAUGGCCCUAAUCUGCUGAUUGGCAAUGAAAAUUUUGGCAGCAAAGCUUUCUGUUAUAGGGCACAAAGUUUGGGAUGACUCCUUGCCAGCAAAUGGGGUUAGUCCUGCUGUGCUUCCAGAUAUGGCAACCUGGAUGGACAGGAGAGGAGACUCCUCAUUUCUCCUCAUUUCCAAAGAAUUGUAAUUUUGUGGAGCAGUGGCCUGGGAUAUCAAGCCUUCCCUGUGGGGCAGAGAGGAUAGGGAACCACUUUGAUAUAAUCACCUGUCAUUUUGCCUGCCUCCAUUGACCUUGAGUUUCCUGGUGGGAAAUGGGAGAUGUCUCUGACAGAAGCAGCCUUGCCUUAAUUUAAUAUUUAAUAUUUUAAUAUUUUAAUAUCCAGUCUCCCAUUCAAGAGGAUUUGGCUUGUAACGUAGAUGAGAGAACCCAGGUGGUAGUGGAGUGUUGGACUGUGAGCCCUUCAGGAUUAAAGGGACCUGAAUAACUGGUGGUGUGUAGCAGGGGGUGCAUACUGCCUGUCCCAAUUAGGUAACUUUUGUGUUCACAGUGCUAAAGCUUUGGCAGUUCACCUUUGACCUGCUGGAAUUGAUCCUAGUCUGUCAUUGCAUCACCUCCAGGGGGCGCUGUUGGAUGACAGCUGGUUCAGGCCCUCAGGUGACCCAGUCCCUGUGGCUGGCUCCAUUUUUAAUUGGUCUAUGAAGGCAUGUUGCCCAAAGAAGGUUGGGAGAGGGCCCUCAAUCUUGUAUUCUCACGUCGUGGCACCUCAGAGCUCAUACUACCUCACCCAGCUCAGGUGAGCUCUGGGAGUCCCUGGCCUCAGCCUGACACUGUGCCUGGUGGGACUCAGCAGCAUUCCAGGCUGUUUCCAAGUAAAUAGUGUAACCCACAAAGCCUUUCUGGACAUUAAUAUUUAUUUAUUUUUUUGUUUUUGUAUGCGUAUUACCCAGCAUCUCUUUUGGGUAAGACACUUCAGGAAAAUAAGUUUCUCUCAAGCAAGUAGCCAUAUUCCAGAGGACUGUCCUGGCCAGAGAUUUGGGGAAUAGGGAUGUAACUAGGGGGAGACCAUGUCAAGCCUUUUAAACCAGUAAAUUUUCUUCCUUUAGGCAAUGGAUAUAAAUUCUAGAAAGUUGGGGCCCAGUUAAAUUCCCAGAUCUUUCGUCCUCCUCCUAUCCUGUGCUGGAAUAGAUUGGGGAUUGGGAUGAGGGGAUCAGGUCACAUGAAAGUUUUUUGUACACUUUCUUGCCCUUUCUAAAUUUAGGUGGGCUCCUGUCCUUGUCUUUACUAAGACACACGUGAACCAAAGCUCCAUCCCUGUUGGGCCUGCUGCCUCCCUUUCCAGCCCUGGAUUGAGGAAGCCUUAGAGUCAGAGCACAGGGCUCUCUGGUAGGCUUUCUAGUCCCCACCAGGUGA